AACCGUUAAGUGAAAAUGAGCGGACGCGGCAAAGGAGGCAAGGGACUCGGGAAAGGAGGCGCCAAGCGUCACCGCAAAGUUCUUCGCGACAACAUCCAGGGAAUCACCAAACCCGCCAUCCGCCGUCUGGCUCGCCGCGGCGGUGUGAAGCGUAUCUCCGGCCUGAUCUACGAGGAGACCCGCGGCGUGCUCAAGGUUUUCCUGGAGAACGUGAUCCGCGACGCCGUCACCUACACCGAGCACGCCAAGAGGAAGACGGUGACAGCCAUGGACGUGGUGUACGCGCUCAAGAGGCAGGGCCGCACCCUGUACGGCUUCGGAGGCUAAACCACCAGCACCUGAACGCACCACCAGCAACACAACGGCUCUUUUAAGAGCCAAACACCGAGUCCGUGAAGAGACACUUCCUACACAUUAAUAAUUACUUGUUAUGGAUGUUGAGACAAAAUAUCAUCAUUACACUGAUAAUUGUCCUUCUCAAAACUUCUGACGUUUUUUUUAAUAUUUAAAGUAAAUGAUCAUAAACCACCUGGACUCCUUUAUUUACAAACUAAUUGAGAGUUCUUGAGGUGGAACUCAAACUUUAAGUCAAAACAUGAAAGGUUCUUUUAUAACUAGAGCGCCACUUCCUCAGAGAUCAAUAAAUAUGUUAUUGAUGUUGAGACCAAAUUUCAUCAAUACAGAUAUUGAUCUGAAUUGAUUCUGAUUCAACAUGCGAACAUAUAAUCAGCACUGAUCCAUUAAAUUAUAUUUAUUUGUAGAUAACUAACAAUUUACUGGAAGAGUGGAGUUUUAUCACUUCUAAAUAGAAAGCUAUGAUUGAUUAUUUUUUUCCGUUAUGUUGCACAGCGGACACAAACCUCAUGAGUUGUGAUUGUUAGAAUUAGGAAAUAAACUGGAGCUAAACACUGUUUAAUAAAACUUGAUUAAUUGUUCUAA